AUGAACUCUAACCCUAUCUUUCACUCAAAAAUCGAUAAAGACUAUAGCGACAUUCUAAUCAAUCAAUCAAUUGAUUAGUCAUUGGAAAAUGAUUAAUUAUUAGAGUUUUAAGAACUUAAUUAAAUUGAUAGCGCCUCAACUAGCUUUCCCACAAUUAAAAUUGAUGAUGAAGAUUUUUUUGGAGUUAGCUCCUGGUGGGAACAACUUCUUAUUACAUAAACAAAUUAAAGCUAGAAUUAUGAUGACACAAGCUAUGAUUUAUCAAAGAACAAAUGGUUUUAAGUAAAGGUAGAUUAGGAAUCUAAUCAGAAUCCUAAAAGCUUUCUUAAAUCAUUAAUAGAAAAAGAACAAUAAUCAUAAAACACUAAAAUUUAACCUUAAGAUCAAAGUAAUCCAACUAAUUUGACCAUAUAAUUACCUAACGAAGAUAAUUAAAGCACUUAAACAUAGAAUGGAGGAAUUAGUCACAGUGAGUCUGAUUUUGAAAAAACUUAUUAAUCUGAUCUAUCUCCUUCAAAUUCAAUUAGCUCAAGUAGACCCAAGAAAUUAAAGUUUUUGAAAUCCUCAAACAAAUCAACGAUAUUAUCUAUCUGCCGAGCAUUUGUUAAAAGCUUAAUGAUAAACAAAUCAAUUUAUAACAUCAACGGGGUAUAUUAGGAAUUAGUAGAAAAUUAAUUCGUAUAAGAUUAGAUCAGAAGAAUUAAUACAGAUCUGAGUUAUUCAACCAACCCUGUCGAAAAUGAUCGAUAUAGAAUGAAAAAGAUAAUAACGAAAUCCAGAAAGUUAGAAAAGAAUAAUCUUGAAAAAUUAAGCAUCCUUGGCAAAAUAAGGUACAGAUUCAGCUUGAAAAAUAUUAAAAAUUUUCUUUCGGAUUCAGUUUACAAUUAUCUCUUCAGGCAUUUUUUGUUGAGCUUAAAUGAACAGAAUUCUUAAACAUUUAACCAAGAAGUUGUAAGUCAAAUGUUGAAUGAGUCAAAUUGGUUGGCAGAAUUCUAAUGA